AUGGUCGCUUCGCCGAAAAGCAGCCCAGCGGGCGCAGAACCUUCCCGGGAACGAUCCGCCCCCGGACUUGGCGAUGAGAAUGUGCUUGUAGAUGAGACUACAGCUCUCUUGAAACCCGGCACAGCUAUACAAUCUACCGAGGAAAUCCAUAAAGAUGAUGAAAAGCCUCUGCCCAAGUUCCAGAUCAUGCUGCUUUGCUAUGCCCGCGCGAUGGAGCCCCUGGCCUUCUUCUCCAUUUUCCCCUACGUAAGCCAGAUGGUGCAGGAGAACGGAAACGUCGCGGAUACGGAUGUCGGCUUUUACAGCGGGCUCAUCGAGUCGCUUUUCUCCGUGACACAGGCUAUGGUGAUGGUAUUAUGGGGUCGCGCUGCGGAUCGGUUCGGGCGGAAACGCGUCCUGGUCUUGUCUAUGAUCGGCGUGACUGUGCCGACUGGCCUCUUUGGAAUGGCAAAGUCCAUACAGCAGAUGAUUAUGUUCAGAUGUCUUGCUGGCAUCUUCGCUGGGCCAAUCGUUACUAUUCGCACUAUGAUCGCCGAGCACAGCACACCUAAGACCCAGGCUCGGGCGUUCAGUUGGUUCGCUUUCAGUGGGAACUUGGGCAUGUUUUUCGGGCCUCUGAUGGGCGGUGCUCUUGCUAAUCCGGCAGCUCAGUACCCCGGUAUCUUUGGUGAUAUCGCUUUCUUCAAGAACUAUCCUUACGCUCUCUCGAGUCUGGUGGUGGCGCUUGUGGGUUCCACCGCUGUGGUGUCUAGUGCCCUUUUUGUUGAGGAAACACUGGAGAAGACACCGACUCCAGAGAGCAAUGGCGAAGAGGCUGGAGCCCAUUCUCUGUCACAGAGCACCAUGUCGACAAGGGACCUUCUGACCUCACCAGGUGUGGGCUCCGCCCUCUAUAUAUACGGGAACCUUAUGGUCCUCGCCUUUGCGUUCACUGCCAUUGUGCCAGUCUUUUGGUUUACUCCCAUAAAAUUCGGUGGAUAUGGCUUCACCCCACUCCAAAUAUCGCUGAUGAUGGGUUUGAAUGGUGCCGCUCAAGCUACAUGGCUCCUGCUGGUGUUCCCUCCAUUAGAGCGGAGAAUUGGUUCAAAGGGUGUGAUACGCCUCUGUGGCUAUGCCUACCCGGCAUUCUUCAUGUUGUUGCCCAUGGGAAAUGUCCUCCUGCGGCGGGGCACCGAUGCUUCUGUUAAUGCUUUCUGGAUCUUUAUGCCGACAGUGCUGGUUCUUGGCUGUGGAGUCAGCAUGAGCUUCACUGCGAUUCAACUCCUUGUCAAUGAUGUUUCACCGUCGCCGAGGGUUCUAGGCACCCUGAAUGCUCUAGCCUUGACUUGUAUGAGCCUUUUGAGAGCUGUCUGUCCGGCCUCCUUCACUAGCCUCUUUGCGAUUGGGGCGGGAACGCAACUAGCGGGAGGCUAUGCCAUUUGGAUACUUUUGGCUUUGCUUGCUACUCCGCUGUCGUAUGUAGUAAGAUACUUGCCGGACCGCAAGAAGGCCCACAAACGCCAGAACAGCCAAGAUAAUUGA